GCUCGCAGAGCGCAGAGCGCAGAGCGCCCGGGGCGUGUGCAGGGAUUGGGGUGCGCCAGCGCCCGCGCCCCCGCCAUGCGUCCCCCGCGCCCCUCCGCCGUGCUGCUCGCCAUCCUGAGCACGCUUUGGGUGGUGGCGCUCGCGGCCGCCGAGGCCCCGCACCUGGUGCGCGUGGACGCGGCCCGCGCGCUGCGGCCCCUGCGGCCCUUCUGGAGGAGCACCGGCUUCUGUCCCCCACUGCCGCAUGGCCAGGCCGACCGGUAUGACCUCAGCUGGGAUCAGCAGCUCAACCUGGCCUACGUGGGUGCGGUUCCUCACGGCGGCAUUGAGCAGGUUCGGACCCACUGGCUGCUGGACCUCAUCACGGCCAGGGGGCUGGCUGGGCAGGGCCUGCGCUACAACUUCACCCACCUGGAUCGGUACCUGGACCUUCUCAGGGAGAACCAGCUCGUCCCAGGCUUUGAGCUGAUGGGCAGCCCCUCUGGACGCUUCACUGACUUCGAGGACAAGCAGCAGGUGUUUGAGUGGAGGAACCUGGUCUCUCUCCUCGCCAGGAGAUAUAUCGGUAGGUAUGGCCUCGAGCACGUUUCCAAGUGGAAUUUUGAGACAUGGAACGAACCAGACCACCACGACUUUGACAACGUGUCCAUGACCUUGCAAGGCUUCUUGAACUACUACGAUGCCUGUUCUGAGGGUCUGCGAGCAGCCAGCCCGGCUCUGCGCCUGGGCGGCCCUGGAGACGCCUUCCACGCGCCGCCGCGCUCGCCGCUCUGCUGGGGCCUCCUGGGGCACUGUAACAACGGCACCAACUUCUUCACCGGAGAGGUGGGUGUGCGGCUGGACUACAUCGCCCUGCACAAGAAGGGCGCGGGCAGCUCCAUCUCCAUCCUAGAGCAAGAGGCGGCAGUCGUGCAGCAGAUACAGCGGCUCUUCCCCAAGUUCACGGACACCCCCAUUUACAACGACGAGGCCGACCCGCUGGUGGGCUGGUCCCUGCCGCAGCCCUGGAGGGCCGACGUGACCUACGCGGCCAUGGUCGUGAAGGUCAUCGCGCAGCACCAGAACCUGCUGCUGGCGAAUGCCAGCUCGGCCGUCCGCUACGCGCUCCUGAGCAACGACAACGCCUUCCUGAGCUACCACCCGCAUCCGUUCUCGCAGCGCACGCUCACUGCGCGCUUUCAGGUCAACAACACGCGCCCGCCGCACGUGCAGCUGCUGCGCAAGCCGGUGCUCACCGCCAUGGCGCUGCUGGCCCUGCUGGACGGCGAGCAGCUCUGGGCCGAAGUGUCGCGGGGCGGCGCGGUGCUUGACAGCAACCACACGGUGGGCGUCCUGGCCAGCGCCCACCGCUCCACUGGCCCGGCCGACGCCUGGCGCGCCACGGUGCUGGUCUACGGGAGCGAUGACACCCGCGCCCACGCCAACCGCACGGUCCCAUUGAUUCUGAGCCUGCACGGGGUGCCCCCAGGCCCCGAGGUCGUCUUUGUCCAGCUCUACGUGGACAACUGGCUCUGCAGCCCCUACAGCGACUGGCGGCGCCUGGGCAGGCCGGUCUUCCCCUCGGCGGAGCAGUUCCGGCGCAUGCGCGCGGCCGAGGACCCUGCGGCCGUGAAGCCGCGCCCCUUCCCCAGCAGCGGCCGCCUGACGCUGCGCCCUCCGCUCGCUCUGCCCUCGCUGCUGCUGGUGCACGUGUGCGCGCGCCCCGAGGAGCCAACUUACCUGCCUCCAUUGUUGUCACCAAUGCCCAUGACUCUGCACUUGUCUGAUCCCUGGUCUAACCUCCCCAGGUGCCUGUGGACCUAUGAGAUCCAGUUCUGCCCGGAGGGUGGGGUGUUCGCUCCCAUCAGCAGGAAGCCUUCAACAUUUAACCUGUUCGUGUUCAGCCCAGACACAGCUGUGGUCUCCGGCUCCUAUCGGGUUUGUGCCGUGGACUACUGGGCCCGGCCAGGCCCCUUCUCCAGCCCCGUGCGGUACCUGGAGACCCCUGCUUCUUGAGGGCUUCUGCUGCCCAGCGACUGGGCCUGUGCUGACCGCGAGCCUGGGCGGCCAGGAGCCAGGCUGGGCCCAACUGCCAGCAGCCUGCCAGCCAGUCCUCCCCUCUGCUGGUCCCCUCUGGCCCCUCACUCGCCCCCUUAAAGGGCCUUACCACUCACGGUCUCGGGGACAGCCUUCGUGGUGGGCACUGGGACACGGGGUCUAGCUGGAGCGCGGCCAUCCCCGCUGGCCCACCAGAGGCCUCUGCCCACCCGUGGGAGCCGGGAUUCCACUUGGGUGGGAUGCGGACAAGUGUGAGUUGCCAUUGGAGUGCCUGCCCUGGAGUGCCCACGCUGGAGUGCCCGCCCUGCCUGUCUGGAGUCUCUGUGUCACCGCUGGGCGCAGCAGGCCCACCAUGUCCCCUGCAGGGCGGAACCUGAGGCUCUGCCCGGAGCAGGUGGCCUGGGGCAGGACAGAGCCCAGGGGGGUCCUGCUUCCUGAGGCCCAGCCAGAUUGGACCCUGCACCCCACCCCACCCCCCCAGGCAGGGGUUUCCAGGCUGCCUGGGCCAGACUGUCCAGCGGAGAGAGAGGCUGACAGCGUCCACUCCACGGUCAUCUGGGCUGCUCAUCCGGCCCCUGGAGGAAACAGACCUCACGUCCAGACGAGGACCACCUAGGGGCUGGGGACGGACUUGGGGGCAGAGGGCAGGGAAGCUGCAGGGUUCUGCAGAACCUGGGACUCUUCCCCACCCCACCUGUGUCCCAGGACAGAUGGAGCCCACGGAGCACGGUGGGGAAAGGCCCCCAGUGAGGAGAGGACCAUGCCCCGCAGAAGUGGGCCCGAUACCCGCCUCCUGCCUGCUGCCCUCCCGGAGCCACCUGGGCUCGGGGGCGGGGCGGGGUGCAGCGGGCCUGGCCAGGCAGAUGGAAGACAAGGCCUGGUCGUCCCCCCGCCUCCCCUGGAACCCGCUGCCCUGUCCACGUGGAGCAUGCAGGCAUCUGGGCCCAUCAGCUGUCUUGUCCUGGGUGAGGGUGUUGGUUUGGCCAUUCUCCAUGAGAACCCCAAGAUCAGCGCCUGUCCCCCUGCCUCAGGCCUUGGUGCCCAGGGCCCCACUGUUACCAGUUGCCUCUUUAAAGGCCCCCACUCCAGACAGCACUCACAUUCUGAGGUCCUGGGGGUAAGGACGUCAGUGUUUGAACUGGGGGAGGUAGUUUGCCUGUAGCAAGCCCUGAGCCUGUUCUCUGUGGUGGGAACACCUCACCCCAACAUUAAAGCAGCUUCUUCUCCA